AUGUAGCUGCAGGCCUGUGUCCUCCCUGCCACGCUCCACGAUGGACAGCCGGACGUCGUCGCCGGAGGCCGUCGUACGUCGUCGUCGCUAGCUACUAACAUACAUCGAUCACCGGCGGCGGCAGUGACUUCCGGUCCUACUGGCUCCUGGCACGGCACACCGGCCGUGUCCUGGUAGGGAGUGAAGUGAACCAUGGAGGCCAACGGCAGCAAGCCCGGCGGCGAGGUGCCGUCGCUUCUCGCCGACGUUGAGGUCUCCAACCUCGCCGGCUUCGAUGUCAUGGCCCCGACCACGGCGCCUCAACCCAGCCCGCGUCCUCUGCUGCACACCAACACGGCGGCGCGCCCACGGGUGCCGCCGCUGGACCGCGUGCCGCGGCGCGGCGGCGAGGUGGCCGUCCCGACGCUCGGCUCGCCGCACCAGCCGCCGGGGUUCCGGUCGGUGCAGCCCGUGUCCGUCAGCCUGCCGGCGUCGCCGAGCGGCUUCGGCGCGCCGGUACCCGUGGGCGGCGGCGGCGACUCGGACGUCGUCGACCUCCGGAGGCAGGCCAUGGCGAACGCGGCGCGGGAGCCGCAGCACUCGCCGGGGUCGCAGGCGAAGGCCGGCAACGGCGUGCGAUACGUGCAGCCGGAGAAUAGGAUGUUCCGGUCGCAGCCGAUCCCCGGUGGGCAGCCGUCGCGCACCGUGACGCGCGGCCGCGCCAUGAGCAGGGACAAGCGCUACGACUCGUUCAAGACGUGGUCCGGGAAGCUCGAGCGGCAGAUCACACACCUCGCCGGCGUCGGCCCGGAGACCCCCGCAGAGAAGGACGGCGACGAAGCCAUCGGCAGCCACCGCACCUUCUCCCUGCCCAAGGUUGAUCGCUUCUUCGCCGCGCUGGAAGGCCCCGAGCUGGACCAGCUCAAGUCGGAGGAGGAGCUGGUGCUGCCGUCCGACAAGACGUGGCCGUUCUUGCUCCGGUUCCCGGUGUCAGCGUUCGGUAUCUGUCUCGGCGUGAGCAGCCAGGCGAUCCUGUGGAAGACGAUCGCGACGUCGGCGCCGACGACGUUCCUGCACGUCACCACCAAGGUCAACCUGGUGCUGUGGUGCGUCUCGGUGGCGCUCAUGUGCGCCAUCUCGGCCAUCUACGGCGCCAAGGUGGCGUUCUUCUUCGAGGCCGUCCGCCGCGAGUACUACCACCCCAUCAGGGUCAACUUCUUCUUCGCGCCAUGGAUCGCUUGCCUCUUCCUGGCCAUCGGCGUGCCGCCCUCCGUCGUCGCGACGACGCUGCCGCAGUGGCUCUGGUACGCGCUCAUGGCGCCCGUGCUGUGCCUGGAGCUCAAGAUCUACGGGCAGUGGAUGUCCGGCGGGCAGAGGCGGCUGUCCAAGGUGGCGAACCCGUCGAACCACUUGUCCGUCGUCGGGAACUUCGUCGGCGCGCUGCUGGGCGCGUCGAUGGGACUCAGGGAGGGCCCCGUCUUCUUCUUCGCCGUCGGGCUGGCGCACUACGGCGUGCUGUUCGUGACGCUGUACCAGCGGCUGCCGACGAACGAGACGCUGCCCAAGGAGCUGCACCCGGUGUUCUUCCUGUUCGUGGCGGCGCCGAGCGUGGCGUCCAUGGCGUGGGCCAGGAUCACCGGCGAGUUCGGCCUCGGGUCCAGGCUCGCCUACUUCGUCGCCGUGUUCCUGUACGCGUCGCUCGCCGUGCGGAUCAACUUCUUCCGCGGGUUCAGGUUCUCUCUGGCGUGGUGGGCCUACACCUUCCCGAUGACCGGCGCCGCCAUCGCCUCCAUCCGCUACUCGACGGAGGUGGACAACGCCUUCACCAAGGCGGUCUGCGUCGCGCUCUCCGCGGUGGCCACGCUCACCGUCACGGGGCUCUUCGCCACCACCAUGGUGCACGCCUUCGUGCUCCGCAACCUCUUCCCCAAUGACAUCGCCAUCGCCAUCACCGACGGGCAGGGCAUGAGCCCCAUCAAGGAGCUGCACGAGAUGCGCGGCGACGGCGACGGUGACGAUGACAUUGAGACCGGUGCGGCCACCGAUCAGUAGAAAAGCUUGAGCUGUUUGUGAGAUGACAGGAUUGGAUUCUUGAAUUGCUUGGCGGCAUUGCCAGGGUGUGAUGCAUGAUAGUGCAACCACAUGUAUCCUAUGGAGAUGAAGAGUUCUUGAAUUAGAGCAACAAUGUUUUGUACAUUACGUAUCUCAUUAGAUAUUGUUCUAGCAGAUGUUUUGUACAUUAGUAUCCAAUAUGUUCUUUAGUAUUACUGUUCACUGUAUCAUUUUUUUUAAAUCAAU